UUUUUUCCGCCGGGUCGUCUGAACAUGUGAUGUAAACAAACUGUCCGACCACAUGGUUUAUCAGUGCAGCGAGUUCGCGAUUUUCCUAACGGUAGGCCACAAUCGUCUAUCCUGAAUUCGCGUGGUGCGUGGUUUUCAUUCACAGAAUAGUGUAGUACUACAGUCUGGGGUAGAUUCCUCCCGUGGAUCUUAGUGUUGUGUAAAACUGAACCGCUCUGUUCCAACGUGGGAAUUUUCCGUUGUCUUUUUCGGUGGCCCAAUGAUUUGGACCUCACUGAAGUCCAAACUAAACGUCUCGUGAAUUUCUUAGUGUUCCUCCGAUAACCUUCACAGGAUUGUGUGUUCAUAAUUUUCGGUUUGUUGUAGCGUCGUGCGUUGAUACUAGCAUUUAUCAGCAUGUGCAUUGUUUUGAAUCCGUGAAUCCGAAUUGCGUUGUACUCAUGUGAAAAUGGAAAACCUAUCGGCUCCUUGCUUCAAGUACGACUCUGAGAUCACAGACUGUCACCUUUUCAGGAGUGAAUACGCUCGCGACUUGGCGAUGGACGCCUCGCAUCAGAGCAAAUCCCUGGAUUAUUCCUUUCGCGAUUCUCCCAUCCGUGAGGAGAGCGAGACGAAAUCUUGGUUCCGCAAAAGUUCGUUAUCGUCGCCUAAACCCAGUCCGCGAAGUGCAUUCAUGGAUACCUCCAAUCGUGAUUGCUCCAAGUUCUAUCCGCGCAACAGUGAAAUCACCAAGUUUAACAAACUGAGAAAGGAUACUGCUAAAUUAUUGGAUUCGAGGAAUGGUGACAUAUUGAUGAACAGCCGUGAAGAAUCGUUGGAGGACGAAGUUUGCCGUCUUAAAAAGGAGUGCCAAAAUCUAAUGGAAGAAAACAAAAGACUCGAACAAGCGGCAUCUGAAGACUCCAUUCACACUUUGCAAUGGCAACUUAAACAGACUGAAUCCAAUAGGCAAAUGUACAGAGCUGUCAUGGAGCAGGUUGCCAAAUUCCUUGAUCGAGUUCAUAAGACUUUUGACGGAAACCAAUGUAAAAUGAACACCCCGACCAAAAUUAGAAAUAGAGUACCUCGAUCAAGAAGUGUUCACACUGUAGUGACCUCAUGUAGUAGUAGAGCAUCAUCACCAUCUCCAACUCAUAAUUCCAUGUGCAUCAAUGUACAACGUGCCAAUAGCAUUGCUCAGAUAGCCGACACCCGGAGAGUGCCAAGGCAUCCACCAGAAGAUAUAUCACCUGAAAAAAUUGCACAAGAAGCUUUUCGUCUUUCACGAACUAUUCAAUCUCUGCUCAACACAAGAGAACCUGACCUAGCCCAGAGGUUGACCCCUUGUAGUAGUGACUUGACAUUGCCUGAUUCCAGUGAACGCCGAGACAAUAACUCAGUCGGCAGUUGUAGCUCGCUACUGCAAGGCCACAAAUCCUUGGAUGGAUCUUCAUGCUCCACUACAACAGGAGACGAGUCAGAAAUCAUUUCGACACCUAUCCUGGAAACAGUCGCAACUAAUCACUUUACCAAGACAAAUGCCCCGGUUAUUGAGGAUGAAAGUGGGUUUUCAUCGAUGAGUUCCUUCCAAGAAAACAAUUCUGCAGAAUACCGGAAUGGAUUUUGCCAUGACCUCCGAUCCAGAUUACCGGAAAUCCAUGCCUACCCUGAAAUUGGUUUGCCACUGAUAGUAGAUCCAGCCCAGCAUCAUCGUAGAUGGAGUUCAACACCGGUAGACCAUUUGUAUGCCAAUGUGCCGCAGAACAAUACAUCUUAUUGCAGUAAUGAAGAUAAAAUGUCAGUAUGCUGGGUGUGAAUAUCAUUUCUUCACCCCUUCUGCUUACUGUGGGACAAUUUACUUCCACUGUUGUUGUACAGUAUGAAAGUUUAAAAAUUUUAUAGGCUUUCAAAUCCUAUUAAAAUUCUCAUGCAGUAAAAUCAAGUGUACAAUAUUUAUAACAAAUCACAUGAAAGGAACUUGCCUAGACACUCUGCUUCAAUGAAUUUCUUUAUCAUGCCAACCGUGAGUCAGCAUCCACAAUUCCAGUAAAACAAAUGAUAGUUUUAAGAUUGACCAAAGGGGGGGAGGGGCUGACUGAUCUCUCGAAUUUUUCUACUUGACAAAACCCGCAGGAAAUAGUUAUGAAGUCCCUUGGAAUUUAUUGGUUGAACAUUUAGAUAUACAUUAAAUACAUUAUUUUUAUGUGAUUCAAUAAAGUUACUCUUAUCUACUUAUAUCAAAUGUGUAAACUGUGUCAUUCUGCCUGGUCAUUUUUUGGAACAAAUAUCUGCCAAGUCCUGUGAUAAAUCAAGUAGAAGCCAAAAUUUUGUUUUCCUUUAGAGUUCUCGUGUAAGUAGUCCAGUUCUUCAAGGACUUUGUAGUCCUGGUUCAUUUUGUCAUCUCUUGCACCAAGGAGCGUAUUUGGCACACACUGUUCAGUAUUUCUAGGAACACUUUGUUUUUUUUCACAGGAUUUUUUCACGAAUUUGUCUGAAAAUUUUCGUUUUUUUUCACAAGUGUGCAGAAAAAUCAUUAGUAGUUUCUAGCAAAUUCAUACAACAGUUCUUAUUUAAAAAAAUAAAAUACUAGUAAGAGAUACUGAAACAGUGCUACUUAGAUACAAUCCUUCAUUCAGGAUGAUUCAGGUGAUUUGUAAUAUUUGGAGGAAAGUACUCCUUGGCAUCUCGCUACUCAAAAAGUGACUGAUGUUUGCCGAAAUUAGUGGCUUUCUUAAAUUUUCAAGAGUUGUUGGCAAUGAGUCUCUUCUCAGUUUAUAUUUUUUGAAGGAUCGUUCUUUCUGAUCAGUCGUAGAAUUACGGCCUUUCAAAAUUUAGAGUUCUUGUCUCAAAUAUACCUACCUACUGAUAGUAACUUACCUGGUUCUUUGAGCUCUAAACUAAAUUACCUUCUUUUUUGCUGUCGUUAGAAACAAAAACGUAAAACAAAAACAAAAAUCUUGGCAAACAUUUAUAUAUUCUCUAUUCAUUAAUCAUUAAUAUGAAGAAUGUCCGUUUAAUAAUUUCGUUUGUAAAUCAUGUAUAGUUCAUUAAGAUUUUUCUUUAUCUAUCUUUCAUGAUCUCUUCGUAUGAAUAAAUGGAAUUUUGAUUUAUAUUUAUGAACAACUCCUAGAAAAAACUACAUAUUUUUCUAUUUAUCAGGUUUUUAACUAUUUAUGAGUGAAUUUCUACAGAGAAAGAUACUUUUGUACUCCAAAAACAAAAUGCUACCGGGCCUGUGAACUUCUAAUGCAGGCAUCAAAAUUAGUAGUAGAAAAAGAGCUGUAGUCCAACUUACAGGACAAAUUUCUGUUAAGGUAUUUGGGUGUCAUUUUUUGUGGUUAUUCACCCUUAGUGUUAAUAUGAGUGUAGAGGUAUUAUAUUCCUAAAUUUUUUUCCCCCAUUCUCUGCUCUUUCCCAUCUCCCACCGCUUUCAAAAAAAUUGCAGAGUUCUUUUAGUUGUAUGAAGAUAUUUUUAUCUUUCUUUUAAGUUUUCUCCCCAAUGCAUAAUUUUUGUCAUUUUCCUUCCUGUUUGUUUUUUCUCUUUGCAAUUUUUUGUUCUUUGCUGAUCAUGGGACAGCUAACACGUACUUGCCGCUUUCUAAUGAAUCUAGAGCAGUCAUGUUUUACUUUGGAUUGCGUGUUGAGGCUCGGAAGACUUUAUACCGAUUAUUAAGUUACAAACUUCCUCUCAUGAUAAUUUUACUUUCUCUCAAUAGAUUGAGUAGAUGAUAAAACACUUAUUCAACCCUGUUUUUUUAUUUGAAACUAUAGGGGAAUUGGUACAUAAUGAUAAACAACUUCAAUUGCGAUGUUCAACAAUGUGAAUGUCCACAUAUAUUUCAUUUUUUCAAAGGAAAACCAAAGAACAGCCUCUAUCGAAAUUUUUCAUGAUUUUCUUUCAUUCAUUUAAAAAAAAGCAUUCAAAAUUGUAUGGGAGAGUUUGACUGGUUGCCCUCAGGAAAAUAAAAAAUAAUUGGAAAUGUUUAAACGCAGAUACUGAAGUACACAUUUUUUGCAUCUAGCCAUCAAUUUGCUAUAAGUAAACAACUGAUUAACCUGAUUUUAUAAAUGUAACAGUAAACAUUAAGGAAAUAUUUGUUUAAGUGAGUGUCCUUACAGCAGUUUUCUUUUGUUUGGUAUUGGACUGUCUUUUUGUACUUAUCAUUUUGACUCAUUUUUCUUUGUCCAGUAGUUAGUUAUUUUUUUUUCUCUCUCUCCAUGAUUUUUAGUAAAAUUAUUUAAAGAUUUAUAAGUAAUCUAUCACAAAAAUAGUCUCUUGUCUAGAAAAAUGUUCUUCGCAAAAUCUGUCAACCAUCAAUGUAGGUAAAGUAAUAGUGUUGUGCAACCAUGCAAUUUCACGUUACAGCAUAUAGUAAAGUCUAUUCUCUUUUAUUUUAUUCAUUCAUAACUUCUCGUCAGCCUUAACCAAGACUGCUCCUAUUCUCCACAGAAAAAUCUAUUUUUGUAUAUGUUGUAAAUAUUUAAUUUGUUCACCCUGUGCUACUGGUACUCACCAUAAGCCUGCCUUUAAACCUAUCCAGUGCUAAAGUGUAAUUGCAGUUUAUUGGAAACUGCCAGAAAAACUGUCACUAUCACUAAAUUUUCUUUGGAUUUAUGUAUUAAAGUUAUUUUUUCUACAACGGCUCCUGAGGGUUCUUGGCUUCAUAAAUCUUUUGAAUCAGCUUAUGUGUGAUACAUGUUUCUAAUGUUUGGACAGACGUUUCAACUUUUAAUAGAAUUUUAAAUUAAGUUGUUGUGUAAAUUAUAAAAAAAUAAUAAUCCUUCCGUUUUUUGAAUUGCAUUCUGCCUACUGAUCAGUAAAAACAUUCAAAUUAUUUUUAGUGUCAUUAUUUACGGAUGUAUAAGUAAUCUGUCACAAAAGUAGUCUGUAUCACAACCCCGUGUACCUACUCUCCAAGUGUUCGGUACCCUUAAUCGGAUAAUCAGGCUAACUGCAUUUCACGAUGCCUAAUUUUCUUUCGUGUUUUUUUUUUUUUUCUUUCUUCAGCAAACUAACGUCUUUAAUGUUAUUGAACUUCCUCUGGCUUCACUGUAUAUCAUGAAGAAUACACUCCUAAAUUUCAGGAUGUUGCCUCGUUUUUUUGUCCAAAAAAUAAAACAAGAGAGGAGAUCAGGCAAUCCUUUAUGUAGUUAGUUUGAUUCUUGUUAUGAAUUUUGAUUGAUCAAAAUUAGUGCAUCAGGAACAAGUAUUCAUUUUUAAAAAUGACUUCCUUAGGAUUUUUAUGUACUAUUGUUAAUUGUCAAAGGGUAGAAAAUAUCGUAAAUCUUGGUUCAUCAUCAGAAGAACAAAGUUUAACUAUUUUGUCUAAAGGCUACAGGUAGAUUUUCUCAGUUUUUUUUCAUGUAGCAACAGUGUUUCUCAAAAUCUCCUACAGGAUCUCUUCCAGAAUUGUAAACGAAUUUGUUGAGUUUAUUCUAUUUUACUCUUAUAAAAGAGUCACUCUAACUAAGUUUUCUGCCUUUCAGUACCCAAAAUAAACCCUCAGGGUUCAGUUAACUAGUUUCCAAAUUUCUCUUCACUCUUUCAAUUGUGUUCUCACUAGUAUGAAUAAUUUUGUCUCUUAAAUGUGUUUCUCAGUAGUUUUGAGUGAGUGUGAGUGUUAAAAAUUCCGAACUAAGGCUUAAAUUUCAUAACACCACUCCUGUAAAUAUUUACUCUAAGGUGUGUUUUUGAGUUUUUCGUUUCUUAAAAAAUCAAAACUUUUACCGAUCAAUUGAACCAUUUAAUUGUGGUGGUUGUAAAAUUUGUUAAUAAAAGUAUAUUUGAACAUAA